UGUAUUUCUUGGCAUCAGAGAGAAAUAUUCCGCCAUCAUUGAAUUAAAGCGUGUUUAUCGGCGGAAAACGUGCUGGAGAGAGCAAGAUGACUGAAGAAGUAAACCCCAAAGCUUAUCCAUUGGCUGAUGCCACCUUAACAACAAAAAUUCUGAACUUGGUACAGCAAACUGCAAAUUAUAAGCAACUCAAAAAAGGAGCAAAUGAAGCAACCAAAACAUUAAAUAGGGGUCUAGCUGAAGUAAUUGUUAUGGCUGCUGAUGCAAAACCAUUAGAAAUUCUUUUGCAUUUGCCUCUGCUUUGUGAAGAUAAGAAUGUGCCUUAUGUGUUUGUGAAAUCAAAACAUGCUCUUGGUAGAGCUUGUGGAGUAUCUAGACCUGUGAUAGCUUGUUCCAUUACAGCCAAUGAAGGUUCACAAUUAAAACCUCAGAUUCAAGCGCUACAACAGGAAAUUGAAAAACUUCUGGUGUGAUUCUGGUGCAUUGUAUCAUAUUCAUUCUCAGCAUCAUAUUGUAUAUUUGUCUGCAUUAAAUUUUUAUUAAGUACA